UGACAUUAUUUAUUCUAUCAUAAUUAUUUAGAUGAUUUUAAUGAUCAUAAAUAAGAGUUAAAAUAGGUCGACCGAGGAAUAUGAUUGAGAAAACAGGUUGCUUCUUUCGAAUAGUCAUUCUAACCUCUUACUACUUCGUUCAUAUUCGUAUCGGUGGUGAGGGGGGUGGAGCUGCGGCUGCGGCUGCGGCGGUGAGUAGACGGAGGACGCGCGCGGAGUAUAAGUGUGUGUCAGCAUACAUCAUAAUAUAGUGUUCGUGACUUUGACCAAGUUGGAAUAAAUUGAGGAAGACAUUUCUUUAUUUAACUAAAGAGAGAGAAAUAUCAGAAGAAGAAAAGAUAAUAAAAGUUAGUUAAACAGGCCCAUGGUGUGAAAGAAGGAUAGUAAGAUGGCGAGAUCACUAACGUGGUCGUGCACUUGUUGUCUACGAUUCAAGUUUAGCCCUGAGGAAAUCGAGCAACGAUACAAAAGCCAAGAAAUCGACCGGAUGUUGGAGAAAGAUCGACAAACUUUUCGUAGACAGGUUAAACUUUUGCUACUUGGUGCUGGAGAAAGUGGAAAAUCAACAUUCCUUAAACAGAUGCGAAUUAUACACGGAAUCAAAUUUGAGCCUGAAUUAAUUAAAGAGUAUCAACAUAUAAUCUAUAAAAACAUAAUUAAAGGAAUGAAAGUACUGUUAGAUGCAAGAGAUAAGCUAAAUAUACCUUGGGAAAAUCCGAAAAAUUAUGAUAUUGGAUAUCAAUUAUUGAAAUUUGAAAAUACCAUGAUUUUAGAUACUAGAUUGUUUCUUCACUACGUACCAGCUUUACAAAGUUUAUGGUCAGAUGCAUCUAUAAAAAAAGCAUUUGAUAGAAGAAGAGAAUUUCAAUUAAGCGAUUCAGUCCAAUAUUUUUUAGAUAACCUCGAUAGGAUUGCCAAAGUGGAUUAUGCUCCUACGCAUCAGGAUAUUUUACAUUGUAGAAAGGCGACAAAAGGAAUUUCUGAAUUUGUAAUACCAAUAAACAAUAUUCCAUUUCUCUUUGUUGAUGUUGGCGGACAGAGAUCUCAAAGAAAAAAGUGGUAUCAAUGUUUUGACUGUGUGACCUCCAUAUUAUUUCUUGUAUCUUCUUCGGAGUUUGAUCAGACCAUAGCAGAAAAUAAGGAAACUAAUAGAUUAGAAGAAUCAAGAAAUAUCUUUGAUACAAUAGUGAAUAAUAUGACAUUUGGUGGAGUUUCAAUAAUUUUGUUUCUAAAUAAAACUGAUCUCUUGGAUAGAAAAGUAAGAUCGAAUGAUACCAAUGUUCGCUGGUAUUUUCCACAAUUUACUGGCGAUUCACAUUCCAUGAAGGAUGUACAGAAUUUUAUAUUGGAAAUGUUUAUAUCUGUGAAAAAGGACCCAAGAAAGCCUUUAUUCCAUCAUUUUACCACUGCAGUUGAUACAGAAAAUAUUAAAGUUGUGUUUAAUGCAGUAAAAGAUACUAUCUUGCAUCGCAAUUUGGAGUCUUUAAUGCUUCAAUAAUGUUUAGUAAGAAUGGAGGGAGCAGUUAUUAAUGGUUAAAAGAAAGAAUUACAUUGCAUUUUAAGAAAAUUUCAUAUGGGAUGUAAUAUAUGAUCAAAUUUGGAGGUAAAGUAUAUAUAUAUACUGUAUUAAACAUUUGAAAUCUAAACUUGAUUUGAAAAGUGAUGCAAAUAUCGCAAAGGUAAAAUUUUAUUUCAAUUAUGAUAAUAAAUAUUAAUUGUGUGAAAAGUUCAUGAGAAAAUGAAGAUUUGCUUAU